UAUGGUUGUCACCUGAGCUUCACAACAGACAGUGGCGGAGUGACGAGAGAGCGGCCGGCACCACUUACAUAUAUGUGGUUAUCAGUGAGCAGUGGUUGAUAGAAAAAAAUGCCCAAAGUCAAAUCUGAAAAACGGAGUGAGAAGGCAGAGGAGGAAAAAGAAGUUAAAGAAACCUUAAAGGAGGAGAAAGAAAAAACGUCUAAUGGUUGGAAUAAUGGUAAACUAUUUGGAACAGAAUCUAAUGAAAACACUUUUCAAGGAGGAGGUUUCAAGGACAAAGAGAAGGCUCAAGAAACUCUCCGACUGCUUGAGGGUAAAGACACUACAUAUCAGUUCCAGAUUAUAAACUCCAUGUACAACCGAGCAAAAGUCAUUUACAAGAGGACAACAGAUAAAGAUAAGCGAAAAAAUCUCGAAGAGUCAAUUGAAGUAUUUGAAGAAUGGAUUGAUGACUACAAGAAGAAAGGGAGGUCAAAAGAAACUUUCAGCUACUUGCCAGUAGAAACUGUGGAAGGUUACGAACCUCUGGCAAAACAUCAUGGAAUCAAGGACAUGAGCUUUCUGCAAGCAUUCAAAGAGGUUGAUGGUGAUUUAAAACGAUUGAGAAACAAGAAAACUCCAGAUGACUCUACUACUUGGGAUGUGCACAGGAACCGGAAUCUUAAAGCUAUUGAUACCAAGAUAAAUGAAAACUUCCUACCUCUGUUUGAAACUGAUGGGCCGCUGAGAAGCCUUCCUACCAAGGAGCAUGUUGAGCUCAUCAUGUGGGGAUACAGCAAAGAACCGACUAAAGUGAAAAAGUUAAUGGCGGAGAUUGAAGAAAAAAUCUCAAAAUAAUAACAUAUUUUCUCUAUUCUUUGGGUUAAAAAUGUUUCCUAAGAAAACUAACUCUUUGUUUAAAUCUACUUUUGUGAUUUCACAAAAAUACAGUACUAAGGUUGAGGCUAAUUGCUAUUUACAUUCACUUUAGGAUUUCAAUCAUUAACUUCUUUGUGUUUCUGGCUCAACAUUUCGGUAUUGUUUGUUAGUCUUCUAUAUUGAUUAUUUUAUACUGUGUGUGCUGUAACUGUAAGUGUUUCCUCCAAAUGUACCUGUGGUAGUUUUGUUAAUCUUAAAUAGUGAGAACAAAUUUGGAACAGUUAAAAAACUUUAAAAGUUUAAUGUUGUAAUUAAACACAUUGUUAAUAAUU